AUUUCAGGGAGUAUAAGGAGCAGCUGACCCUACUCAGCAAACAUUGCUGCUUUCAUGCCAGUGGUGAAUUCUGGACAAUGGAUUUGACGGAUGUUAGUGAAGCCCAUGAUUGUAAUUAUAUAGAAUUGCAGCAUAUAAUGAAGAAUUAUGCUACCUCAGGCUACUUUGAAAAAGCUGUGGAGACACUGUGUUGCAUGAGAAAUACAGCUGGGAAGCCUACUGUUUAUGACUAUAAUGGUUUGAUUUAUUGCUAUUUGAGAUCCCAUAAUGCAUCAACAGACAAGCUAGAGCAGUUAUAUCUAGGAAUGAGACGGUUUGGUCCUGUUCCAAAUGCAUUAACCUUUAACACACUUAUUAAUGGGCUGCUGGGUCUCAAUAAGCUGAAAACUGCCUUUUUGAUUGCAAAAGAGAUGCAUAGUAGCGGGUUUGUCCCAUCAUUCAGCUUAUUGUCUGGAAUGCUGAAAAAACUGAUAUACUCGGGGCAUUUUAUUGAUUCCCUCAACGUUUUUUACUUCAUGGUGCAGUUGAAGUACUAUCCUACUCAGCACACUGUAGAUUCUUUGAUUUCUAUGCUUGGCAAGGCUGGGAUGAUCCAAAAGCAUAUUUUGUACUAUCUAACCCUUCUGGAAGAGGGUUGCUUCUGUGGCACGCAUAAUUAUAAUAAAAUUCUGUGGGCUAUGUGCAAGUCUGGCCAGAGUUAUGCCGCUCUGCAACUUUUUCAUUUAAUGAAAAAAAG